AAGUACAACCCCUCCUCGGCCGCGAUAUCCCGGAAGCAGUUCGCUCUGGGCGUUCUUUCUUCCGCCAUCUUGGAACUGAACUCCUCACACAAAAUGCCCGGUGAAGCCACAGAAACCGUCCCUGUUGCGGAGCAAGAACUCCACCAGCCUCAAGCUGAGACGGUACCUUCUCCCUCAUCCACUGGUGAGGCUGCUGUGCCCUCAGAAGUGGCUGCAGUAGCGGAGGAGAAAAAGCCCGUCUCUCAGAACCCCGAGGUGACUGGUGAGGCUUCUCAGACGGCACAAGCUGAAGCCGCUCCAAAGCCGUCAGUCGCAGAUGGCGUCUCCCCUCCCUCUGGGACUGCUACACCCACCAAAACUCCAGUGCUGGCUCCUGUACGGCCCCCUGCUGAUACUAAGGCUCAAGCACGAAAGAAAAAGUCUAAGUCUGGUGCCUCUAAAGCUCCUGUUGCUGAAUCUAAAGCAUCAGCCCCAAAAUUAGAGACCCCUCCUGCUGUGGUCCCUGCAGACUCCACUGUGGAAACCAAAGCCCCAGCUCCUAAAUUAGAGACUCCCCCUACCGCACUCCCUGCUGACACCAUUGCUGAAUCGAAAGCACCAGUAAAGACCCCUCCUACUGUGGUCCCUGCGGAGUCCGUUGCUGUAUCGAAAGCCCCAGCUCCAGAAAACACGUCUGCCUCAGAAAAACCUGCAGUGUCUGUUGUGGAUGCCAAAACCUCAGCUACAAAAACCAAGCUGCCCGCCCCUGUGGCUCCUGUAGAGCCCCCUGCUGAUACUAAGGCCCCAGUUCCAAAAACAGAGCUGCCCGCCCCUGUGGCUCCUGUAGAGCCCCCUGCUGAUACUAAGGCUCCAGCUCCAGAAAACAAAUCUGCCUCUGUAGGUCCUGCAGAGCCUGCUGCGGAUGCCGAAGCUCCAGCUACAAAAACAGAGCUGCCCACCCCUGUGGCUCCUGUAGAGCCCCCUGCUGAUACUAAGGCUCCAGUUCCAAAAACAGAGCUGCCCGUCCCUGUGGCUCCAGUAGAGCCCCCUGCUGACACUAAGGCUCCAGUUCCCAAAUCAGAGCUGCCCGCCCCUGUGGCUCCAGUAGAGCCCCCUGCUGAUACUAAGGCUCCAGUUCCAAAAACAGAGCUGCCCGCCCCUGUGGCUCCUGUAGAGCCCCCUGUUGAUACUAAGGCUCCAGUUCCAAAAACAGAGCUGCCCGCCCCUGUGGCUCCAGUAGAGCCCCCUGCUGUUACUAAGGCUCCAGUUCCAAAAACAGAGCUGCCCGCCCCUGUGGCUCCUGCAGAGCCCCCUGCUGUUACUAAGGCUCCAGGUCCAAAAACAGAGCUGCCCGCCCCUGUGGCUCCUGUAGAGCCCCCUGCUGAUACUAAGGCUCCAGUUCCAAAAACAGAGCUGCCCGCCCCUGUGGCUCCAGUAGAGCCCCCUGCUGUUACUAAGGCUCCAGCUCCAGAAAAAAAAUCUGCUUCUGAAAGUCCUGCUGUGGAUGCCAAAACCCCAGCUUCAAAGAAUCAGACUGCCACCCCUCCAGUGCCUGUGGCUGGUGCCCAAGAAUCAGUUCCAAAAACAGAGCUGCCCGCCCCUGUGGCUCCAGCAAAGCCCCCUGCUGAUACUAAGGCUCCAGUUCCAAAAACAGAGCUGCCCGCCCCUGUGGCUCCAGUAGAGCCCCCUGCUGAUACUAAGGCUCCAGCUUCAAAGACUCAGCCUCCUCAGACUGCCGCCCCUUCUGUGGCCAGUGACAAAGAAUCAGUUCAAAAAACAGAGCUGCCCGCCCCUGUGGCUCCAGUAGAGCCCCCUGCUGAUACUAAGGCUCCAGUUCCAAAAACAGAGCUGCCCGUCCCUGUGGCUCCUGUAGAGCCCCCUGCUGAUACUAAGGCUCCAGUUCCAAAAACAGAGCUGCCCGCCCCUGUGGCUCCUGUAGAGCCCCCUGCUGAUACUAAGGCCCCAGUUCCAAAAACAGAGCUGCCCACCCCUGUGGCUCCAGUAGAGCCCCCUGCUGUUACUAAGGCUCCAGAAAACAAGACUGCUUCUGGAAGUCCUGCAGUGCCUGUUGUGAAUGCCAAAACCUCAGCAAAUAAAGUUGAGAAAGUUUCUAUGGUUUCUGCUCCAGAGCUAGAUAUUCCAAGUCCUGCAAAAGAGCUAACUCUUCCUCCUGCUUUGCCUUCCGUGGCAUCUGUGCCUUCUAUACCUAUUUCUUCUGUUUCUCUGCCUCUCGUCUCCAAAACAUCUGCCAUACCCACUGCACCUGCCCCUGUUGCUGUUGAAGAGGAAGAAAUGCCACCUCUGAUCCCUCCAGAGGUUCCUGAUAAGGAAGCAGUGUUUCUUCAACCGGUCACAGUGGACCUUGUUCCCCCGAAACCACCUGUAGCCGCUCCAGUGAAGGAGCCCAUUCUGAAGAACGACAAGGGGUCAGGGACAGAUUCCGACAGUGAUGAUUCUCCUCCAGAGCUGGAACAGGACACACAGACAUCUACGCAGCAGGCCCAGUUGGCAGCAGCGGCAGAAAUAGACGAGGAACCUGUCAGCAAAGCAAAACAGAGCAGGAGCGAAAAGAAGGCACGAAAGGCUAUGUCAAAGUUGGGGCUUCGCCAGGUCACCGGAGUUACAAGAGUCACAAUCCGAAAAUCCAAGAACAUUUUGUUUGUUAUAACCAAGCCAGACGUAUACAAGAGCCCAGCAUCCGACACCUACAUAGUCUUUGGAGAAGCAAAGAUUGAAGAUCUCUCACAACAAGCCCAGCUGGCUGCUGCCGAAAAAUUCAAGGUACAGGGAGAAGGCGUCUCAAACAUACAGGAAAACACACAAACUCCUACAGUACAGGAGGAGAGCGAAGAGGAAGAGGUUGAUGAGACUGGCGUAGAAGUGAAGGACAUUGAACUUGUAAUGUCACAAGCAAACGUGUCCAGGGCGAAGGCUGUACGUGCUCUAAAGAACAACAGCAACGACAUUGUAAACGCCAUCAUGGAGUUGACGAUGUGAGCGUCGCUCAGACUGAACACAUUUGGUCUUGCUCGUGGGUCGGUGCAGCUGAAAUUGAGAUUUAUACUAUUUCUAUUGAUUUAAUAAAGUUGUGGCUUAUUGUUGGUGACUUAC